CCGCCGCCGCGCCCGCCUCCCGCCCGCCGUCGCUCCGCCCUCCCCUCCCCGGCACUGCAGCACUCGCCCGCAGCAGCUCCGGCCGCCGCCCGCGCCUCUGCAGCCUCCGCAGGCCCCGCCGCCGCCAGCACCAUGGCCAGCACCUUGUCGGCCUACAAGGAGAAGAUGAAGGAGCUGUCGGUGCUGUCUCUCAUCUGCUCCUGCUUCUACACACAGCCGCACCCCAACACCGUCUACCAGUAUGGGGACAUGGAGGUGAAGCAGCUGGACAAGCGGGCCUCUGGCCAGAGCUUCGAGGUCAUCCUCAAGUCCCCUUCCGACCUGUCCCCGGAGAGCCCUAUGCUCUCCUCCCCACCCAAGAAGAAGGACGCCUCCCUGGAGGAGCUGCAAAAGCGGCUGGAGGCAGCUGAGGAGCGGAGGAAGACGCAGGAGGCGCAGGUGCUGAAGCAGCUGGCGGAGCGGCGCGAGCACGAGCGCGAGGUGCUGCACAAGGCGCUGGAGGAGAACAACAACUUCAGCCGCCAGGCGGAGGAGAAGCUCAACUACAAGAUGGAACUCAGCAAGGAGAUCCGCGAGGCGCACCUGGCCGCACUGCGCGAGCGGCUGCGCGAGAAGGAGCUGCACGCCGCCGAGGUGCGCAGGAACAAGGAGCAGCGGGAGGAGAUGUCGGGCUAAGGAUCCCCACGCGCGGCGCCCGGGUCCUGCGACAGAACACGUCGGUUUUGGUUUUGUUUCGUUCACCUCUGUCUAGAUGCAACUUUUGUUCCUGCGUCCCCCACCCCCACCCCCGUCCCAGCUUCACGCUUCUCUUCCGCACUCAGCCGCCCGCCUUGUCCUCGUGAUGAGUCGCUGACCACGGCUUGCCCUGCAGGAGCCGCCGGCCGUGAGACGCUGCCUCUCCGUGCAGACACCAGGCCGGUCGCCGCUGGGUCCCCCGGGGGCUCCGUGGCAGAUGUGGUGGUGACCGUGGUCAACCCAGGGCGUGGGAUCGCGGGUCCUUGCCCUGGGCUGUCUGGUCAGCAUGUGCAGGUCAGGGCAGGUCCUCUGAGCCAGCGCCCCUGGCCAACAGGCGAGGCUACAGCACCUGCCGUCUUUCCAUGGGGGAGGGGUGGUGGGGAGGGAGUGAUGGUGCCUGGGAGCCUGCGUGGGCAGUGGAGCGUGUGGAACUGGCAGGUGGGUGGGUGGGGGCUGCAGUUCUCCUUAAGUGGUUGUACGGGGGGUGGGGGGGUCCUCUGAGUCCUGGCCUGAGGUGGACACCCCAGGCCUUCCUGGAAGCCUGCACUGGGGGCCCCGCCUGAGUCUGCUGGGGAGUGGGCAUUCUCUGCCAGGGACCCAUGAGCAGGCUGCCAUGGUCUAGAGGGUUGUGGGCAGCAUGGGCAGUCACCCACUCAGAAGUGCAAGAGUUCCAGAGAGCCCCUGGUCCAGGAACCUGUAUGGAACAGCCCCUCCCCUCCCCACCAGGGCUUUGCAGAUGCCUUUGAAAGACCCCUCCUUAGAGCCCUUUGGAGUGCAGCUCCCUCCCAUGCCCUCUGCCCUAGUAGACACCGCUCCUGGCCAUGGGGCUUUUAGGCUCUCCUUAGGUCACGGGGAAGUGGCAGCCACAAGUCCUCCUCAGGGAGCCCCAAGGGGGAUUUUGUGGGACCACUGCCCACAGAUCCAGGCAUUGGAAGAGCAGUGGGUGAGAUUCCUCAGCCACCCCCCCACCCUCCCCACUCAGCACCCAGAGCACGUUGGGGCUUGAGGCCUGGCUCUAGGCCUCUCCUAGCCAUGCCUUCUGGGCUGGGUUCCUUCUCUCCCUUGGAUGCCCAGUGCUGACCUUGGAGGAUGGUCAGCUGGAGGACCGGGGUGGGGGGGGCUGUCUUUUGUCACUGUAGUAUCCCCCACUUCUCCACGGAAGCCUCAUCCCAAAGCUGCUGCCCGGCCACUUGCCAUAAAAUGUGAAGGGGCAGCUGAGUUAUCUUAGGACCCAGAGCCAGGGCCCUCAGCUUCCAUCCUGCGGGAGGCCUUGGCCGGGGCACUGCCAGCCUUCCAGGCCCACACUAGGGAGCAUGGGAGGAUCCUGACCCCUGCAGGGCUCAGGGGUCAGCAGGGACCCAUUGUCCCAUCUCCCUCUCCCCACUGAGACAGCCACAGAGGGAGCAGCCAGCGGGGUGGGAACCUACGGCUGCCCACAUGUGGCUUUUGUGGGACUCAGAAAGGGAAGCGGAACUGAGGGCUGGGAUUCUCCUUACAGUGGCAGCUCUCAUAGCGAAAGCCUAGUGUAAUAUGCACCCAUCUCAUCCACGUAGUAAAGUGAACUUAAAAAUUAAAUCAAAUGUACAAUUAAAUAAAAAAAACCUGUGUGUUUAAGAC